CCCAUAUAAGGGAACACCCCGGUAUGCAUAUGAAGUACAAUUUUAGAAUUUUAACGGUCAUGUAAAUUGCGAUCAACGGAUGUAAAUUGUGAUCAACAGAUGUGGUUCAACGGCUUGUCCACCACUGCUGUAACGGAAGUGAAAUAGUGUAUGGUACAUUCAUGAAGAGCAUAAGGGAGGCAGAGGAUCACUUUUCCGAACAAAUGUACGAUUUCACAUUCCCGGUGUACAGAUCCAAAAUGGACAAAGACCUGUACAGGGACCAACCGUUUGUGACUGUGGUGGCCGCACCAAGAGUCGUAUUGCUGGUCUACGAUGGACCUCAGAAAACAAGAACACAGAAUCUUGCUGACACCAUAUUUAAUGCCUGGCCGUUCCUGAUAUUUAUCCUGGCAGCAGCUGGUGCAUCUGGGAUGACUGUCUGGUUAUUGGAAUAUGUUUUCUUCUCAAAAGAAUUCUCAAGAAAAUUUGUGAAUGGUGCCUGGGACGGUUUCUGGUGGGCUGUUGUUACCAUGACAACUGUAGGUUAUGGCGACAGUUCGCCGAAGUCCCUGCCUGGUCGACUAUUCUGCUUCAUUUGGAUAAUAACUGGUAUAAAUAUAAUAUCCAUAUUUACUGCACUGGUCACAGCCACAGUAACGGCAUCAACACGGCCGUACUUCAACAUUCAUGGCGCCAAGAUUGGCGCAGUCAACGGCAGUGAAGAGUUUCGUCUUGGUGUCAGUAUAAACUUUGACAUGCAAGCAUUCAGCACCCCUGCAUCGAUGACCAAAGCAGUGAAAGAGCAAGAAGUAGACGGAAUUUUGAUUGACAACUAUGCACUGACAAGGUUUUCUAACUUGAUGGAGAAGGAACCUUUCCGCGUGGAGCGCACCAUUGAGCAUCCAAUCACAUACGGCCUUGUGCUUCCAUCCGGGUCACCAAACACUGAACAAUGUGUUCGACGCUAUAUGAGGAACUUCAAUCAUGAAAUAUUUGAGCGAAUUGCAAAGCACCUUAUUCCUAUUAAGAGUAAACGAACCGACAAGAACUAUGCUGUUAAGGCGACGGAAGGUCUCUUCUAUCAAGAGCACAUGUUUAGUUCUAUUGUCAGGAUCGGAGUCAUUAUUGUAGCCAGUCUUGUGCUCAUUGGACUCAUGUGGGAGUUUGCUUACAGAAGACGUAGGCAUGUUAAGUCAAAGUCAAGCAAGCCGGUUGCCGAGGAAACGCAAGAAAUGAUGACUUUGCAGUCCAGUGAUGAUUCCAAAACGAGCAAAAAAGAAGAGCUUGUGCUUGGUUACAACAAGUUUCAUCAGCGCUGGAUGGAACAGCUGUUCAACACGAAGUUACGAAAACCAUAAAGGACAAUUCUGGAACCUUGCAGUUGCGUUCUUUUUUAUUCGUCAAAAAAAGAGUGCGAUACUGACGAAUCAAAAGCCAUAGGACAUUAGAAUGGAACCCAGCCGAUUUUCUCAUUGAUGACAGAUGAAAACUUUAAUAUAAAGUUUGGGAAAUCUGAAAUAGUCAGAGCUCAGACUAAUUCGAGGAACUUCUUUAAGAACAAUUCAAACCUUGAACUUUCUGUUCGUCAUAAAAUUUCCCCACACUACUACUAGUACAUAAUAGGCCUUUCCACGGUUACCUUUGCUCAUUUGCAUUACAAUAAAAUCGAGCAUGUAUGUGAAACAAUUUCGGGCUAUUUUGUAGUUUUAGCCCGAAAUUGCCUCGCAUCCACGUUGGAUUACAUUGUAAUGCAAAUGAGAAAAAUUAACCGUGAAAAGGGCUAUUCCCACAGGUCUCUGUUCAAUAUGCAACAUGCAUUGAUAUGUAUCUCAUUUAUUCGGCUACAGCUGGGUUAGUACAAGAAGAAUUUGGAACCCCGACGGAUGAGUAGAUGAACAGAAUUCUAUUGUAUUGAUAUUGACACUCCUAUAAGAGGUCAGAAUACGUCGUUCUUUAUGUAAAUAAAGAUUCUGAGUAUGUAUUUGAAUAAGAGACACUAAAUUAAAAGAUUUUGUCCCAAGAUUUCAUUUAACAGUCAUUUUUUUAUGAAAGGAAAGGUUUGCGAUGGUUUUUUAAAAAGUAAGAACUCGCUUCUGUUUGGUUCGUACGCAGGUCAGUUUCUCUGAUAUCAGCUUUUAUUACUUAGACACAAGUGUUUUACUGGAAAAUUAAUACACCACUGGUAAAAUUCAUACGAAACUGCAUUCGGGACUCGAGUGACGUAUUUUCCAUAUCCUCACUAGAGAGGAUAUUGAUGACGUCAUUUCCCGUCAGUUUGUCCAGAUAAUAAACAGAAAAUUACACGGUAGCUUGAAGAUAUGGAUUUUAUUUUGUCGUGUUAAAAACGAUAUAUUACCACUCGACAAUGAAAUUCAUAUCUUUGCGCUGCCUCGUAAUACACCCUAUAUGUAUUUACGGUUGCCGUCAGCUAAUUAAAACGAAAUUGAUCUUUUCAGUCCACGAAACAAUUAUGGAUUAAUUGUACUUGCGAACAGCUGCGGCAGCCACUCGUGGAAUAACUGAAAAGUCCGAUCUGUUCACGCCCUCGGAUGUCAAUUUUCCUUUCUUCUGCGAAACAUGACACCUUGACUUUGUACCUAGUAGUCUUCUUUUUCUCUUCUUGAUCUUCUUUUCCUUU